GACAAUGCAUCUCCUCGGAACCACCUCUGGGAAGAUGAAGCUCCYAGCAGUGCAGUUUGGAACCUGCCUGUUUUAAAGAAACCUGGAAAUUUCUGYCUGUAUUUGCCUACUCCAGCAGAAAGCAGAGGACAAUGAGUUAUUUUUAUUUUUUGCAUAUUUUCACACUGCACAACCGUUUUUCUUCCUUCUCAUUUUGUUCAAUGGGAAAAACUUGAGCCACUUUUGCAGCCGAUCCUUACUUCGCCACAUUCCUCUUACUGAGCCAAAUUCUUGGGAGUCACAUCCAGAGUACAUCUAUUUUUGUGUGCUGGUGGUGCUUGGCUUUUUGGUUUUUUUUUUUUCCUUCCUGUGACAUAUGUCACUUUUUAUUCCAUUUUGAACCUGUCCUUUCGCAUUGCUGAGCAGUCCUAGAAUCACUCCAGGAAUUCAAUCAUUUCAGAGCUAUGGAAGAUGACUCAAACKCUUCAGAAACCUUUCUAUGGCUGCGCUUGGCUCAUUAAUAUAGGAGUUUAACAGCAGUAAUAUGAGGCAUUGCAUUAAUUGCUGCAUCCAUUUGUUGCCAAAUGACUUGCACAGACAGUGCUUCAGAUGCCGUGGACCUGAUCACAGCAACCAGAAGUGUCCUGUGUGCAGGGGAGAAAACAAAAUCCCUUUGUACCCCGACAGCAAGCAGAUGAAGUGGCUGGCGGUCCUGGAAGUGAGGGCUGAUCACUGUGAGAGCUGGAACGGGAUUUUCUGCCUGAGGAAGGGCAAACUCUGCAGUUUGAUGUUUGGGUUGAUCAUAAUGACCCUGGUGAUGGUAUCCUACAUGCUGACUGGAGCCAAGCACGGGCUGCUGCUGAUCCCAUCUCCCUUCCAUUACGGGGCUUUUGCCAGCAAUCCCAGCUUAAUGGACAACGAAAGCCUUAGUGACAUGAAAGACCAUUACCAGCCUUCAAAAAUUAAUAUUUCAUACGUAAAGGAUUAUCCAAGCAUUAAAUUAAUUAUUGACACCAUUACUUCGAAGAUAGAGUUUACAGUGAGGCAGCGCCCUGAUUUGGAAGAGCUGAGGAAGCAAGAGCCACACAUGUUUUCAGUAAUUCCUAACAAAUUCCUUCCAAAUAGCAAGAACCCUUGUUGGUACGAAGAGUACCGGGGCAACACAACCACGGAUCCUUAUGCAACCAACUCCUACGCACUGUACUCCAAGCGCUUUCGGAUCAUUUUUGAUUACCUCAGGAAGGUGUUUUGGAACCACUUGUACCACUACAAGGACAAACACUACCGCCUGCGCUGCCUCCCGCACUUCUACAUCAUCGGGCAGCCCAAAUGUGGCACCACGGACCUGUACGACCGCCUGCGGCUGCACCCCGACGUUCGCUUCUCMGCCAUCAAGGAGCCCCACUGGUGGACAAGGAAACGCUUUGGUGAGGAUGGGUUCCACGAGCGUUACCCGGUGGAGGAUUACCUGGACCUGUUUGACCUGGCAGCUCACCAGAUCCAGGGCGUGCUGCAGAGCGAGGCGGGGAAGGAGCGGGGCAAGAGGAACAACAUCAUCAUCGGGGAAGCCAGUGCCUCSACAAUGUGGGACAACAACGCUUGGAUUUUCUUCUAUGACAACAGCACUGAAGGAGAACCUCCCUUCUUGAUCCAGGAUUUUAUCCAUGCCUUCCAGCCCAAUGCCAAACUUAUCAUCAUGCUGAGGGACCCCGUUGAAAGUCUUCCUCCAGAAGGGGGAUAUUCAGGACUCUUGGGGCGAGGGCAGAGCCCAGGAAAAGUGAGGUUGCAGGUUGGGCUCUAUGUUGUUUAUCUCCUGGACUGGCUGACAGUUUUUAACAAAGAUCAGAUCCUCGUUCUUCGCCUGGAGGACCAUGCAUCCAACAUGAGGUACACCAUGCACAUGGUGUUCCAGUUCCUGGAUCUGGGGCCUCUGAGUGAGAAACAAGAAGCUCUGAUCACCAAGAGCCCUGCRUCGAACACGCGCCGGCCCGAGGACMGAAGCYUGGGCCCGAUGCUGCCGACCACCAAGGCGAUUUUAAGAGAUUUCUACAGGCCUUUUAAUACAAAACUGGCACAAGUCCUUUUGGAUGACGCUUUUUUAUGGAAGAGGACAUAAAACGUGUAAAUUUCGUGCCACGACUACAGUGCUCAAAGGAGUUUUUAUUUUUUUAAAUUCUAUUUUUGUGCGUGGAUAUUUACAUUUUUUGUUUUUUUUCCCGUUCCAAAGAGCAGGAUGGGUGACCUGAGAGUCUCGCCUUCAGUCAGCACACAUCUCAACAGCUCUACUCAGASCUUUUCCUUGGGAGAAUGGAAAGCAUCUUGCUUUAAUCAGUUUAUUGCAACUUCUUUCACCCCAGCCAAAGGAGUGGACAAACAUUAGGACAAAAAUGGUGUUUUACACUCUUCCAUGGGGGUGUUGAAGUUUAAAUUCUCUGAGAUGCUGCAACACAGAGUUAGCAUCACUUUCCUACAGUUACACUUAUAAUCUCAGUUUCAGCAUAUGUUAUUCACUCUUUUUUUUUUUUUUUCCAAUCAAUCAAUGUCAUUUAGCCAUUAAAAUUUUUAAUUGAAUUCAACCUAAAAUUCUGUACUUUUUUGUCAGCCUAUUUACAAAUGGUCUUCACUCACAYUGUGUUACCUUAAUUCUGAAAAAAACAUAAAGAAUAAGUGCAUUCAAUUCAACUUCCAAGUCUAAUUUCUAUCUUCAAGAUAAAUGGACUUUCCCAGCCACGCUUCUUGUAAAAGGGAAUUUUAUAAUCCAGUUAAGAACGGAUGGCUGAAAUCCAAACAGGCCAAUUUGRUGUUUAGCAUAACAAAUUCAUUGCCUUCCAUAUUUUGUUCAUGUAAGUAUGAAAAUGUACCAUUUAUUCACUUCUCUCACACAUUUUCCCAGGAAAACACUUUUAUUAAGAGUCCAUUCCUGGCCAUGGACAGCUUGAAUGGAUAUUUCUGCUAAAUUCUGCAGGAUUCCUCUUUUCCUCUGUGAAGGAAUAAGCAUUUUAAAAGCUGUAUGAAAUGUUAUUAAAAUCAUAAACAGGCAGGAUGUGCAG